AUGGUAUUUAGUCGAGCAAAUGUAUUAGACAUACGACACCUUCCUCCACAAGAUUACAUUCAUUUUGAGAGCAAAGAGUUAAAGUUCCAAGAUCUUUUGAAAGCAUUGCAGGAUGAGAAUAGCAAUAUGAUUGGAUUACAAGGGAUCGGUGGAGCAGGCAAAACUUCAAUGGCAAAAGAAGUGGGUUAUAAAUUAAAAGAAUCUAAAUCAAUUCACAAGUUCAUAUUUCUUGUUGUCUCCAAGCCUCCUGAUUUCAAAAAGAUUCGUGGUGAACUUGUAAAAGGUUUAGGUUUGAGUUUAGAGGAAGUGAAGGAAGAAGAACUCUCAAGUAUAAUAUUUUCCAGAAUCAUAAACAACAACGAAAAGUUACUUAUAAUACUAGAUGAUGUAUGGGAAAAGUUUGAUUUGAUAGAAAAUUUGGGGAUCCCAUCUCGCCACAAGGGCUGUAAUUUAUUGAUAACCACACGUAGUUCACGUGUUUGUAAGGAAAUGGGAUGCCGAAUGAUUGAACUACACAUGUUAAACAACAAAGAGGCAUUGAAACUUUUUGAUGCACAUGCCAAAUUAAAUAAUUCCCCUCGUGGUUUGAAGGGUAUGCCAGAAAAAAUUGUGGAGCAUUGUGGAGGAAUACCAGUUGCAAUUGUAGCAAUAGCUAGAGUACUAAAAAGUCAACCUACACCAGUUUGGAAGGAUGCUUUGAAAACCUUGGAAGAUCAUGUUGUUGAUCAGGAUUUGAAUGAUGCUUAUAAAUGCUUGAAGUUAAGCUACGAUAACUUGAAAAAUGAAAAGGCCAAAGAGCUCUUUCUUAUAUCUUCUUUGUUCCCAGAAGAUUACCAAGUUCCUAUACAAGUUUUAACCAAAAUUGGUACAGGGUUGGGUUCUUUUGGGGAAAAUGACAUACACCAUUUAGCAAGAAGUGAAGUGGAUGGAGCUAUAAUGGAACUCAUAGAUUCCUCUUUAUUGUUGCAUGGGGAAUAUGAAUAUGUAAAGAUGCAUGAUUUGGUUCGUGAUGUAGCUUUGAAGAUUGGAGCCAAAGACAUCCAAUCUCUCAUAGAUUCGAAAAUGCGUAUAAAAGAGAAUUUGAGAUAUUUUCUGAUUUGGAAUAAUGAUGAUUUUCCUACUAACUUUGACGGAAGUAAAUUGGAGGUUCUAUUAAUAAUUUUAGAUGAUUCAGAGGAGUUCAAGGUCUCGUGUGCAUUCUUUAAAGAGAUGAUGAGGCUCAAAGUUUUGGUUUUAUUUGAUAAUUAUUAUUACACAAGAACUCCAGCUCUAUCGUUGAUGAAUUCACUCCAAUCAUUGAAGGACAUUCGAACGCUCAUUCUCAAGAAUUUGGAUUUAGGUGACAUCUCUAUCUUAGGAGACUUGUUGAGUCUUGGGACUAUUUGGUUUUAUUAUUGUUCAAUCAAUGAAUUACCAAGUGAAUUUUUGAAACUAAAAAUGUUGAGAUCAUUGGAGGUAGAAAGAUGUAAAAUUGAAAAGAAUAAUCCUUUUGAAGUGAUUGAGAGAUGCUCACAGCUAGAAGAGUUAACUUUUGUUGAUAAUUGGUUUGACAAUGAAGAAAAAGAUGCAAUUUCUCAAAAUGGAUCUCCUCUUACAUUACAUAGAUAUUGUAUAUCUUCUAAGGACCUUUCAGGUUAUUUUGAGAAGUAUGGCUCCAUGUCAAGAUGCAUUCGAAUAGAUGAUCAAUUAAGUCAUUUAGUCUCAGAGGCAACAUUUAAGCAGCUUGUCAGAAGAGCUGAACUUCUCAUCUUGAAAGGAGAGGAUGCGCAAAGAAUAUGGAAAAAUCUUAUCCCUGACAUUGUUGCAACAGAUGAUCGAGGCAUGAUGAAUGAUUUGAUUGUUCUUCAUUUGAGUUCUUGUCCUUAUACGAAGUUCCCCAUAUAUACUAAAGAUCAUGAUUAUGGUGUGGCUGCUUUUCGUAAUUUGGUCGGAAUACAUCUCUCUAAAGUAGAAGUUGAAGAUUUAUGUCAUGGUUCUCUACCAUCUGGUGUUUGGGAGCAAUUAGAGAUUAUGAAGUUGAACGGGUGUCAUAGACUGCAGAGCAUAUUAUCUAAUGGCAACUACAACUUAUGUCAUCUUAAGUCCCUGCAACUGGAAGAUUGUCCAAUGUUGGUGACAGUUUUCCAACCAUCCACUGCACGAAGUCUGAUGGAGUUGGAAAAAUUAACAAUUAGGGACUGUAGUGCAUUGGAAUGCAUCAUACAAGUUAAGAAUAAUAUUGCCAAUUCUAUUCGCUGGAGGUCUUGCAUCUUUGGAAAUGUUGAGUAUAUAUUGGUGUGA